AUGAUGUCCUCCUCUGACGACGAGGAGAUUGCCAGCCCUAAACGCCAGGUGUUUGCCACCAAGCAUAAAAAGAGAAAGGACGUCGUUUUCUACACCCAUUUCGAGGAGGUGCUUCAAAAAAUCAACCCGUUCGGACCGUACCAAAUUUUCUGCUGUAUCGUGAUUCUGUACGCAUCGAUCGAAUGGGCAGGAAACUCGAGCUUCAUGUACCUUCUCGGCUCCCUUGAACCCGACUGGAACUGCACAUACGCCAACGGAACAACCGGGGUCGUGAAAGCGUCGACGUCGGAGGGCAAAAAUUGCGAUGAUUUGAAGCAAUGCGUGUCGUUUAAAGCGAUCGUCGAUUCGGUAGAAUUUCGGUCGCUUGUCGCCGACUUCAAGCUGGUUUGUGACGACUCGGACAAGGUCAAGUGGAUUGAAGUGAUUCAAGCCGGCGGAUCUCUAAUUGGCAGUGUUAUUGGAGGACAUCUUGGAGACCAUUUGGGCAGAAGAACCAUCUUUUUCUCAGGCCAAUUAACAAUCAUUAUAACAUCAAUGAUGUGUACGGCCGCUCGAAAUUGGUAUGCAUAUGCGUCUAUCAUGGGAUUCAAUUGUUUCCUUUACGGAAUUAUUGAGGUCACGUCACUUACUAUGAUGAUGGAAUACACUAGUAACAAAUUCCGUAUCAUCCACACCGGUGCCUUCCAAUGGCCGUUCGCCUAUAUGACGAUAGCUUUAAUAGCCUACUUAACUAAAGAUUGGCAAAACUUUUUCAUCUGGUUGAACCUGGUUGCCUGCCCACUGGCCAUCGCUUUCAUGCUUUUCCUUGAGAGCCCUCGGUGGCUGAUUGCAAAAAAUAAUUUGAAUAAGGCUUGCGAUGUCCUGAACGACAUUGGCCACAGGCGAUGGAACAACGCGAAAGUACGCUUUACAACCCACGACUUAUCGUCGAUCCACAAAAAGGAGGAACAGCCAUUUUACAACUUUUUCCAUCUGUUUUCGACGAUGCGUCUGGCCAAGCAGUCGGUUAUGCAAAUUGUCUCGAUGUUGACCUACGCUAUGGUGUCGAACACCUAUCUUUAUACUGUACAGGGAAUGCACGAUUCGACGAUUAUGUUUACUUUUUUGGACGGUGCCUUCCGACUUCCAACUCCUUUUAUCAUCAUCUUCCUUGAUAUUUAUUUCCCGAAAUUCGGCCGGAAGUUGCAGUUUAUUUUGUCGCUGGUGAUCGAACUGAUCCUCUUCGGCGUUGUCAUCGGGCUGGUUGCGACUGGAACUAGCUACCAAGACGUUUCCAUCACAAUUAUUGUGAUUGUGGCAACCAUGAUCAACGAUUGUGUCUUCUGGAUGAACAUUGUCCAGAUCACCACCCAGCGUUACCCCACCGUCAUUAGGUGCAUCGCGUUCGGAUCUCUGCAUGGUGUCAAGCACAUCGGAGCUAUCAUCGGCUUUUUGGUUCUUCGCCCAUUGCUGGAUACUGACGGACGGACUUGGCUGGCUUUCGCUAUUCCGGAAGCUAUGCUUUUGGGAACACUUGUGCUGGGUAUUUUCCUCCAGCCUGAAACUAAAGGAAAGGCAAUGAUGGACCAGAUGGUGGAGUCGAACUAUGGAAAGCUGGAGAAUGAGUUGCCAAGAGCUUUGAUGAGGUUGGCCGCUGGACAUAAAGUGCGACAAAUCGAGAUUCGCGACCAGCUGCGUCAGAAGUACGCCGAAGCCCAGGAUGCCGAGAUUCGAGGCAAAAGGGCUGAUAAGACAAAUCCGUUUGUAUUCAAGGGACAAGGCCAGAAUGGUCAAGUAAACCAAGCAUUCAUCCCCGAGCAAGCACCACCCAGGCGCCCCGAAUACCGUAUGCGCGAUGACGACAGUCACCGCUCAUCAACCCAUAUG